GAAAAAAGGAGAGAAAAGAAAAAGAAAAAUAGCUACAAUUAAGAAGAUUCUCUGUCCUCUUAUAAAUUAAGAAAAACAGAAAAGAAAAAAGAAAGCACCACCAGUGUUUUGUUUUAAAAACUUUCUGAUUCUUUGCUUUCCCUUGAAAACUCUUCAUCUUGGAUCCCUCACUUAGCUGAGUUCAAGCCCCAAAUCAAAUCUCUCUCUACAAAUAGAAAAAUAUUUCUUUCAAUCUUCACCACAUGCAGCCCAACUCCUAAUUAAUUCUCAAAUCAAAUCCAGCAAGGGAUCCCAUAAUCCCCUUCCUUUACAAUCCUUCUCUCUCUCCCUCUCCCUUCCUCCCUUCCUCCCUCUUUAGAACUCUGAUCUUGAUUCUAGGCUUUUGGGUUUUUCCAAUUCGAUUUAAUUGCUCUGUUUGUGUGUUCUCUGAGCUUGGAGAUCCAUGAAUUGAAAGCUCAAAUCUUUCAAGCUUCCGAGGGGUGUAGCUCAAUCGGAGUUUUUAUACAGGACAUCAAGAGCAAAAUUAGAAAAUAAAAUAAAUAAAACGUAGAAAAUGGAAAAGUACGAGCUUGUGAAGGAUAUUGGAUCUGGGAAUUUUGGGGUGGCGAGGCUGAUGAGGAACAAAGAAACCAAAGAGCUCGUCGCCAUGAAAUACAUCGACCGUGGUCUCAAGAUUGAUGAGAAUGUGGCAAGAGAAAUCAUAAACCACAGGUCGCUUCGCCAUCCAAACAUCAUUCGGUUCAAGGAGGUAGUUUUGACUCCUACACAUCUCGCUAUCGUGAUGGAGUACGCUGCAGGUGGAGAACUUUUUGAGCGAAUUUGCAAUGCUGGACGGUUCAGUGAGGAUGAGGCUAGAUAUUUUUUCCAGCAGCUUAUCUCGGGAGUUAGCUACUGUCAUUCUCUGCAAAUAUGCCACCGAGAUUUGAAGCUGGAGAAUACCUUGCUGGAUGGCAGCCCGGCUCCACGCCUGAAAAUUUGUGAUUUCGGUUAUUCUAAGUCAUCAUUGCUGCAUUCAAGGCCUAAAUCGACUGUGGGUACUCCAGCAUAUAUUGCUCCUGAGGUUCUUUCUCGAAGAGAGUAUGAUGGCAAGCUGGCAGAUGUAUGGUCAUGUGGGGUGACCCUAUAUGUUAUGCUGGUGGGAGCAUAUCCUUUUGAAGACCAAGAAGAUCCGAAGAAUUUCAGGAAAACCAUUAAUCGAAUAAUGGCCGUUCAGUACAAGAUCCCUGACUAUGUUCACAUAUCUCAAGAUUGUAGGCAUCUGCUCUCUCGCAUCUUUGUUGCAAAUCCAGCAAGGAGGAUCACCAUUAAAGAAAUCAAGAACCAUCCAUGGUUUUUGAAGAACUUGCCUAGAGAGCUUACGGAAGCAGCUCAAACCAUCUACUACAGAAAAGAAAACCCAACCUUUUCCCUCCAAAGUAUCGAAGACAUCAUGAAGAUAGUGGAAGAAGCCAAAAUUCCUCCUCCUGUUUCCCGAUCGAUUGGAGGCUUUGGGUGGGGAGAAGAAGAUGGUGAUACAAAGGAAGAGGUAGAAGGCGAGGAGGAGGAAGACGAGUAUGAAAAGACAGUCAAAGAAAUACAUGCAAGUGGAGAAGUACGUGUUAGCUGAGGACCAAUUUCUUCCUCAAAAUCGGAGAACUGAAGAAGUUUGGUUUCUCAGUAUCUGCGUAGUUGAGAAUGUUGUCGUGCUUGUAUAAACAGUCAGUUCUUUUCGUAGGCGAUGGUGUUUCAAUAAACAAACUUUUGUAAAUUAUAGUGUGGCGCUGAGGAGCAUUAGUUUGUCUGGAGACUGUGACCUUGGAUGUAUCACUACUAGAAUUUGUAGUUAAAGGUUGUGGAAUUGAGUUGUUUGUCUUUGUUUUCCAGUUUAAGGGAGGGCGGGAGGUUUGGAGGGGAAAAGGAGGGGAAAAGGUGUAAAAGGUUUGUUUGUAUUGUUUCAUCAGAGAACAAGAGAUUCUCUUUAAGGAGACUUUACCCCUAAUGGGGUAUGGUAUGUAUGGAGGUUUGUUCAGUUAGAACAUAAUAACAUUUUGUUAUAUAUUUGGGUUUA